AUGAGAAAAAUAUGGACUCCCAUAAGAAGAACGGAAGAACAAAAAAUAAUAAAGAAUAAUUAUGAUGAGGAAAAGAAAGAAGAGUUUGAAAAAUCUUUGCCAAAGGAUUUUAUAGAGAAUAAUAGGAAUAAGAGGAUUCCAUAUUUCGAAAUAAAAGAAUCAACACUAAUAGAGCAAAAGGAGAAAAAAGAAGCGCAAAAAAUAUUGGCCUUAGAAUUGAGAAACAAGUGCAGAGCCGAAAUUGAUGAAUUUGUAGAAUGUUCAGUAGGAAGGUUGUGGACAAUUUUAAAGUGCAAAGAUUUAAUGAUCUCAAUGAGGAAAUGCUUAAAAAAAUAUGAAAAUCUCGAAUAUGUCAAAUUUAGAGAGAAACAAAUAAUCGAGGAAAGGAAAAAAAAUGGAACAAGUUUAUAUAGAUCAGAUGAAAGAGCACGAUACAACCGUUUCGUAUAUACAGAUAAUGAAAAAGGAUGGAUUCCAGAAAAAAAAUAUUGA